AUGACUCGAAUACCUCGAAGGUCUACCUCGGUCCUUGCCCAGCGGAGCCCAGGUUUGACUGUCAAACGAACAGCGCGGAGGCAUAAGGUGAUCUUGGAAUCUAUUACCCAAAAGAAGAAGAAAUUGCGGAGUGUGAUAUCUUUCGAAACCAAAGCGCCUCCGGGCUAUACAUUCAUAUCGGCAGGUGAUCCGCAUUUUACGGCCACCUGCAAAGAGCGCUGUCGAAGGGGGGGUCUGAAGGUAUACGCGGUUUCUACAACUCCCCACUUGCACGCCCACGGUCUCUCACAGCAUGUGCACCGUAUUGGCUAUCAUUUCCCAAGCGUUGUUGUUGCGGAAGUGUGUACAAGUAAUGGUUUAUAUCUCACAGGAACGGGAAAAGCUGUGCCCCUCCAGAGCCUGGGCCAUGAGCCCAGCCGCAAGCACGCUGACGCAGAUUCUCAGAUCACCAUAAACACAGAAGCAAGGGAUGUUCUUAGAGACCUCUUCCCAAAUAUUCCCGACAAUGAUCUAAAUCAGAUUAUUAAAACUGCAUUUCAAAAGGGUCAGCGCAAAGUAGGUACAGCGGUUGAGCUACCCCUCGCUCGUCGAGCACAACUAGCAGUUGUCGCCCAUAUUCGACACAUCUAUACAAACUACGACCGCCUUCUCAAAUCCACUUCUUUCCAUGAAGCAAGAGCGACCGUUGAACAACCGACUCUCGCUAAGCUGGUGGAAUGGCGAGGGGAUGACGAAAAUGGCAAGACGGUUCUUGAAGAUGUGUUUCGUGAAGUGAUCGUUAUAUCCGAUGAUGAAGAUAGUGACAUCGAGGCAGAGCCACAGCAUAUUCUUGGUCGUGAUACCAGCGUGGAAAUCAUUUCCAGCAAUCCCGUGGUUGAGGAACUUCAAAUGAGGCGUGACAGCCAUAGCAAUCGCGCUCUCCGAGAUGCACCAGUAGAGACUUCGGAAGAUGAAGCAGCACCAGGCUUUCGUUUUAUUCCAGAACCCUCAAAGAAAGCGAAAAUUGACCGUCGCGGAUUUAGCAGGUAUCAAGCUUGGGACCGUGCCAUUAACAGGUAUAAAAACCUGGCCAGUGGUUCCACUAGUCCACCAGCUGCAUACCCUGCUAGAGAUACCUCGCAAAGGAACUUUGGACUUGGAAGAGAGACCUCUGCACGCGGACAUAUUGGUCCGCGCCAAUGUUCUGUUGGCCCAUUUACCCUACCUAACCACAAAGCAAUCACGAGUAUCUUGAGUCGGCCCCCGCUUAAUCCUGUGGCAGACCGUCAUCCUUAUGAACUAUAUCCUCUGGAUAUGCCAAACGGGGGAAGAGGUGCCCCUGCCCCUCUCAAUCUGCCUAUUCCUACUCCGCAGGGGAGAGCACACAUGCUUGAACCCGUGAAACACUCGUUCCAACAAGCUGACUUUCCGAAUGGACCUGUUUUUGUCAGCGGGCCCAAAGAAAGCAUUGAAAGAACUGGCGAUGGUCUCAGGUCGUUUGCUCGGCCACAGGGUCACUUACAAAACAGGAAUGUGAACCAAGAGGAUCCGGUGCUACCUUCCAUCGAGAAACCUCUUACGGUGGAUAUCAAACGCCCAAAUAGUGGAAAUAUAGAACAUCUUACCAAAAGGAUGUCAGGAGCGUUCGUCUUCCGCUCAGUAACGCCACAUCGGCGUCAAGUCCACCAGGACCACCCAAAUCAUACUCUCCUUCAGGAGCAAUCUGUUGAAGGCCACAAUUCCAAAAGACGGCGUCUGGCAUAUCAGGAACCAAUACCUAUGGAAAAGCCCUUGUCCCCCAUUGGUUCCACUUCUUUGAGCACUUACCCAGGGAAUCGGUAUGCCGUGGCCGUGCAACCAUCUGUCCAAAGCGGUCCCGAUAUCCGUAGGAGAUAUUUCGGCCCAGUUGUUGAGCCGUAUCGUAUCACAGAACACAAACCAAGCACUGGCCAGGACUCUUUCGUCUCUACCUCCCGCUUUGACCGCGAAUCCCGGACUCUCGCCAAUCGUGGACCCAUUAAAGUUUAUGAUGGCCAACAAUUUUCUCACAGUCGUUUUGUUAAUUCCCAGGCCGAUACUGAUAGAUCUUCUGUUAUGGCUCGCCCCGCGCCUGGUAUGGGAUAUCCCGUCGCUGGUGGUAGCGGCCGCGAUAGGUCUUUGCAGUCUCACAUGCCAAUCCCACCAGAAUCACGCGUAUCUCAAAAUGUCCAUGGCUUUAAUGCCCCUGGAUUGAGGGCGCCAGAAACAACAGGCCCUCGGUUAGAGCCAGCGUGGUGGAGCAAUAACAUUGUGUCCAUUAAGCCCGCGGAGAAUCAGGGACUUUAUGCUGAUGGUUUUAUCCGCCCUGUUGACAUCGGGGAGCCUGAAAUAUCGAAGUUUCGGCCGGCCCGUCGGCUUCCCUCCGUAUAUAUGGCGGAAGACCCGUCCCGACCGAUCAAUGUCAAACUUCACGAUAAUCAGCAUCGGCGUGUUCCGUCGGAUAGUCUAGCCUCAUUGCCGCCUCGCGGUCGCGUUCAUGCAGAUUCCCAGGCUGAAGCACCUUUCCAGCAGUAUCCAGUCAGCGACCAAGCUUCUGGACAUCAGGAUGCCACGCUAAUCAGGACGGCGCUCCCUGUCUACGAGGACCGAAGACAUCUUAAGAACGCCGUCGUCCCUCCUCGGUAUGGCCAAAAAGAGAGUCCCAUUCUCAUAGACACCUGA